AUGGAAAACUUACCACCACCCCUAAAACUCAUUUUCCAGAACGUUCAAGUCAGAACCCAUGCCGAUCUCCUGUCAUACGCAGGGCCUAUGCACCACCUCCUGCAAAUCGAUCAGCAAGUGACUCCUAUCUGCAUGGACUCCAAUGCCAAACAAUGGUCAAAGGGCCAGCGCCACCUCUUCGUCCACAAAAUCCCUCGCCUCUGGCGCGGUAUUCUCACGAUUCCCAACAAUUGUCGCUCGAUCUGA